AUGGAAUAUUCUCUAUUAUUGAGGAAGCAUAAUGUGAAAGAUUAUUACCAUUCAACAAAAGAAAGCCCUUACAUAGCUCUCAUGGCAGAACUAGCAGGGCUUCUAAUGUUCUUAUUAUUAUGCACAAUUGUGGUGUUUACUUGCACUCCAAGCAUCCUCAUAGAACUUUCAGGUAAACCAAAACCUCCCAUGGUGGAAAUUCUUGGACUUUCUGUGUCUGGCCUCAAUAAUGUUUCAUACAAAAAUGCAUCAUCCAAAUGGGGUGUGGAAUUAGCAGCAAAAAAUCCAAACAUCUUUUCAACAUUGUAUCUUGAUCACAUUGAAGGUAUGGUACUAUUCAAAGAUGAAGUUCUUGGGGUGAGUUCAGUAAAGAUUAAUAAAGCAAUUGUUUUGGGACCAAGGGAACAUAAAUUUGUUAGCUUUAAAGUGUGGAGGAAGGAUUGGAAUAUAGAUGGUGAUCAACCAAGUGUGAAGGAUUGGGUUGUGGACAAUCUUGUCAUGGAACAAAGUAGGAAUAACAUAAACUUCAGUGUGCAAAUGGGGGUUUGGGGUCAAAUUAAAUCUGGUUGGUGGUUGAGAAAGAGUGUGAUCAUGAACCCUAGGUGCAUGGAUUUGAGUAUUAAUCUUGUUAAGAAUAGGGGUUUUGGUAUGUUGUUAAAUAAAAAACCCAUAAGAUGCUAUGUUCCUAUGUUGGAUCGAUAG